UGUCCCGGCUGCUGCCUGAAGGACUUCCUCCUGAAAACGUCCGUCCUGGUUCGGUCCACGCAGCCGUUCACAGAAGUUCCGCCGCAGAGAAAACGACUCACUGAAGCUGGACUUUUAGAAGAACAUUUCUCGUCUCCUGGUGAAAAACUUCACCAGUCGCUUUCUGCCGUGCCUCCGUUAAAUCCGCCGGUCAGUCGACCCGCCUGCUGCCGCCUCUCCUCGGCUGAACCUUCAUGGUUAAUUAUUUGUUUUUUAUAAUCAGUGUCGGCGGGCAUCAGAGUUUCCGUUCUCUUAAAGCGCGACCUCCUGUCAUCCCGUUCAGUUUGUGCGACUUUAAUUCAGGUGACGUGCGGCGACCGACGAGCUGAAAAUGAAUCCGAGCGGAACCAGCAGCGGGAAGACUUUCCUGUUCACAUCCGAGUCUGUUGGAGAGGGACACUCCGAUAAAAUGUGUGAUCAGAUCAGUGAUGCUGUACUUGAUGCUUACCUGAGUCAAGACCCCGACUCCAAGGUGGCCUGUGAAUGUGUGGCGAAGACCGGCAUGAUUUUACUGGCUGGAGAAGUGACAUCGAAGGCCAAAGUGGAUCUCCAGUCAGUGGUCCGGAACACCGUCAAGUCGAUUGGCUAUGAUGGUUCUUCAAAAGGUUUUGACUAUAAGACCUGCAACGUGCUGCUAGCGUUGGAGCCGCAGUGUGUGGAGAUAGCCGACUGUGUGUUUCAAGGCCGGGAUCAGGACAACAUUGGUGCAGGGGACCAGGGCUUUAUGUUUGGCUACGCCACAGAUGAGACUGAGGAGUGUAUGCCCUUAACCAUCCUCCUGGCUCACAAGCUCAACCGCAGGAUGAAGGAGCUGUCACGCAAUGGAGAGUGUCCUUGGAUACUACCAGACUCCAAAUCACAAGUCACAGUGGAGUACAGAGACAACAUGGGAGCCAUGGAGCCCAUGCGUGUUCACACUGUGGUCCUCUCAGUACAACACAUCCCAGAGAUCACCCUGGAGGAGAUCAGACGCCAUCUGAUGGAGAAGGUGGUGAAGGUUGUCAUUCCUGCCAAGUACCUGGAUGACAAGACCAUCUACCAUCUUUUGCCAAGUGGGAAAUUCCUUAUAGGUGGCCCCCUGAGCGAUGCAGGACUCACAGGGCGUAAAAUCAUAGUGGACACAUACGGAGGAUGGGGAGGGCACGGAGGAGGGGCUUUCUCUGGGAAGGACUACUCGAAAGUGGACCGGUCCGGAGCUUAUGCGGCUCGCUGGGUUGCCAAGUCUUUGGUCAAAGCUGGACUGUGCAGGAGAGUCCUCGUUCAGAUCUCCUAUGCUAUCGGUGUGAGUCAUCCACUCUCCAUCUCAGUGUUUCACUACGGCACGUCGAACAGGGAUGAAGACGAGCUGCUGCAGAUUGUACAAAAGAACUUUGACCUGAGGCCUGGUGUCAUUGUGAAAGAGCUGGGUUUGAAGCGGCCAAUUUACCAGGCCACUGCCUGCUACGGUCACUUUGGCAGAGAGGAGUUCCCCUGGGAAAAACCGAAGCCUCUGGUGUUUUGAGUUUGUGGUCGAUCACAUUUCAGUCAUAAAACUAUCAAGAGUUCAGUUUUAAUCACAGAUUUCCAUAUAUUCUAAAUACAGCAGUGUCACUGAAAACAAAUGUCUUUUCUCUGUCAUGUCUUAAUUUCUGACCUUAAACUGUAAGGCAGUGGUCAGUGCCUUUGUUCAAGAUUAAAUUUUGAUUUUGUUUAUUUUUUUUUUUAACAAAACCGUGAUUGAGGUACUUUCCUGUAUGAGAGACUAGUGUUUGUUCAAAAUAAUCAUGCAAUAAAUGUGAUGUUUUUCGGAAAUCUUGGGAGUAACUGUGA